AACCAACCCCCCCCCAAAGACAGGUAUAGCUCUCCCACUGUCCCUCCCGCACUCUGCGUGUUCAUCUGCGUGCAAAACACCCAAUUGCCCAUCAAGAACAUCAAUCUUUCAUCAUCACUUCAUCGUGCUAACACGGAUCGUGGCAUAGACCCCUUCUUCUCGUUCCUCUGCGGAUAUAUACCCUGUGUUAGCAUUGAAUUGAACUCUUCCAACGACAUGGCCGCUACUCUUUCUCCUCCCGGCGCCGCGCCCGGCACUGCCAAUGACAACAUCCGCCGUUUCACAGCUCCUUCGCGGCCACGAUCCCCUCCCCCGGAGCACACGCUCUUCCACCCCAAGACCAGAGCUUUCGUCUACGGACUGCAGCCCAAGGCUUCGCAGGGAAUGUUGGACUUUGACUUCAUCUGCAAGCGUUCGACUCCCAGUGUGGCGGCCAUCAUCUACCCCUUCGGUGGUCAGUUCGUAUCCAAGAUGUACUGGGGAACCUCGGAGACUCUGCUCCCAGUCUACCAGGAGGUCGACAAGGCUUGCGAGAAGCACCCUGAAGUCGACACGGUUGUCAACUUCGCCAGUUCUCGUUCCGUCUACAGCAGCACGUUGGAGUUGAUGAACAAGCCCCAGAUCAAGACCAUCGCCAUCAUCGCCGAGGGUGUGCCCGAGCGUCGUGCCCGUGAGAUCCUGCACAUUGCCCAGAAGAAGGGAAUCACCAUCAUCGGUCCCGCCACCGUCGGAGGCAUCAAGCCCGGAUGCUUCAAGAUUGGAAACACCGGCGGUAUGAUGGACAACAUCGUCGCCUCGAAGCUCUACCGCCCCGGAUCGGUCGGUUACGUCUCGAAGUCCGGUGGUAUGAGUAACGAGUUGAACAACAUCAUCGCCGCGGUGACCGACGGUGUCUCCGAGGGUGUUGCCAUCGGAGGUGAUCGGUACCCCGGUACCACCUUCAUCGACCACUUGCUCCGAUACGAGGCCGAUCCCGCGUGCAAGAUCCUCGUCCUGCUCGGAGAGGUCGGAGGUGUCGAGGAGUACCGUGUGAUCGAGGCCGUCAAGAACGGAACCAUCAAGAAGCCCAUCGUCGCCUGGGCCAUCGGAACCGUGGCUUCCAUGUUGACGACCGAGGUCCAGUUCGGCCACGCCGGUUCCUUCGCCAACUCUCAGCUCGAGACCGCCGGUGCCAAGAACCAGGCCAUGCGUGACGCUGGCUUCCACGUUCCCGAGACUUUCGAGGAGUUCCCCGAGGCGCUCAAGGUCGUCUACGACAAGUUGGUUGCCGACGGUACGAUCGUGCCCAAGGCGGAGCCCACUCCCCCAAAGAUCCCGAUCGACUACUCGUGGGCCCAGGAGCUCGGACUCAUCCGCAAGCCUGCUGCCUUCAUCUCGACCAUCUCGGACGACCGUGGUCAGGAGCUUCUCUACGCCGGUAUGCCCAUCUCGGAUGUCUUCAGGGAGGACAUCGGUAUCGGCGGUGUGAUGUCUCUUCUGUGGUUCCGUCGUCGUCUACCCGCAUACGCCUCCAAGUUCCUGGAGAUGGUUCUGAUGUUGACUGCCGACCACGGCCCCGCCGUGUCCGGUGCCAUGAACACCAUCAUCACCACCAGAGCUGGAAAGGACUUGGUCUCGUCGCUGGUUUCCGGCCUGUUGACCAUCGGUGAGCGAUUCGGAGGAGCUUUGGACGGCGCUGCCGCCGAGUUCACUGGUGCCUUCGACAAGGGCCUCAGCCCCCGAGACUUUGUUGACACCAUGCGCAAGCAGAACAAGCUCAUUCCCGGUAUCGGCCACAAGGUCAAGUCGCGCAACAACCCCGAUCUCCGUGUCGAGCUGGUCCGGGAGUACGUCAUCAAGCACUUCCCUACUCACAAGCUCCUCGACUACGCAUUGGCCGUCGAGACGGUCACCACCAGCAAGAAGGACAACCUGAUCCUCAACGUUGAUGGAUGUAUCGCCGUGUGCUUCGUCGACCUGAUCCGCAACUGCGGUGCCUUCUCUCCGGAGGAAGCCGAGGAAUACCUCAAGAACGGUGUGCUGAACGGUCUGUUCGUCCUCGGACGUUCGAUCGGUCUCAUUGCCCACUACCUCGACCAGAAGAGGCUGCGUACCGGUCUCUACAGACAUCCUUGGGACGACAUCACCUACCUCCUGCCCAACCUCCAGGGUAACGCGCCUGGUAACGAGGGUCGUGUCGAGGUUACCAUUUAGACACCUGGGUAUAGAGCGGGAUAAAUCUUUUUCUUUCUUUGAGAGGCUUUUUUACUGUUUGUAAUCUGGGUUGGGGAUGGUUGGUGGGGCGCUGUUUUUCGUUUCUGGCUGUUUCUACUCAAAAGGAUGGUGGAUGAUGACUAUGUGGAUAUGGGGGGUGGUAGUGAAUGAUUGACGCUGUUGUAUCCAACUUUGAGUGAUGAAUGUCAAAUAUCAUGCAUCCGUAAAAGCAAGUGCCCAACGCCUUUUGUGUGUAGGAUGCUGCUAUCUAGACAUCUCCAGCAUCAAUCUUCAGAUCCCCCAUCCUGUCCUCCGUUGUCUCGGGUGCCUUCCCCUUCCUCCUCCCCUUCCCACCCUUCUUGCCACCCCUUCCGCCCUCUACACCCGUUGUAUCAGUCUUGAGCUCUUCCACCCCGCUCUCCCCUUCCGCCCCCU